UUCCCAGCGUUCCUGUCGGCAAGUCAACAUGGCUACGUCCACACAUUUAGCUUCUCGUGGUUUUACGGUUUAAUGUUGGUAUGUUAAUUGAAGCCAUGGCGAAAUGUUUAAUUGUGGUUUUGUUUUUUGCACGUUGUGCGUUUGCCUCGGAUGUCAACGCUCCACAGACCGGGUCCAGCCUCGCGGAGAACUACCUGGCGCUGCUGUGGCACCACAGGCUGUACCUGUACGCGGCUGCCGCGCUCGUCGUAGGGCUCUGGGUCUCCCUGAAGGUGGCUCUCAGCAGGAAAAGUGGUGAAAAAGAUGCUGUACUUUCUGGAGCCAAAAAGCAAGAGGAGCCUGAGGUUCAUGUGUCCGGAGUUAAAAUCUUUUACGGCUCCCAAACAGGAACUGCAAAGGGUUUUGCCAAAGUGCUGUCAGAGGAGCUGGAGGCUUUGGGUUUUCCUGCUGAGGUGAUUGACAUGAAGGACUACGAUCCAGACGAUCGACUAGCCGACGAGUGUGUGAGUGGGUCGGUGUGUGUGUUCCUGGUGGCCACUUACACCGACGGGCAGCCCACGGAGAGCGCCGAGUGGUUCUGCAAGUGGCUGGAAGACGCCUCCACGGACUUCCGAUACGGGAGAACCUACCUCAAAGGUCUCAGAUAUGCGGUGUUUGGUUUGGGAAACUCUGUCUACGUUGGCCACUACAACACAGUGUGUAAAAAUGUGGAUAAGUGGUUGUGGAUGCUGAGUGCAAAGCGACUCAUGACCAGAGGCGAGGGUGACUGCAACGUGGUGAAAAGUCGCCACGGCAGCGUUCAGGCAGACUUCCAGGCUUGGAAAGGGAAGUUCUUGAGUCGCCUGCAGGCUCUUGCAACGGGCGAGAAGAAAACCUGCAGUGGAAAAAACUGUAAGACGGGAAGCUCCUGCAAGAGCAAAAAGGAGGAAGAGGAGGCGUCAAAGGAGACCGGCUCUGAGGUGGAACUGGUCGAAUCCAGCAGCGAUGAAGACGAGUCCGGCCUCACCGGCGAGAAGAGGUCUGUGGUCGACCUGGAGGAUUUGGGCAACUUGAUGAAGAACGCAAAAAAAGCAAAGGGCAAAAACGGUCCUCAGCGAGACGGUGAGGUGGUGAAGUUUUCCAAACUGAAUGGGGUGAAGAAGAUUGAUGAUGAUGGAGAAAGAAGAGAGAUGAUCACUGCUGCUCUGAGAGAAGCUCUGACUAAACAAGGAUAUAAACUCAUUGGAAGUCACUCAGGAGUGAAGCUUUGCCGAUGGACGAAGUCUAUGCUACGGGGGAGGGGGGGCUGCUACAAGCACACCUUCUAUGGGAUUGAGUCCCAUCGUUGCAUGGAGACCACCCCCAGCCUGGCCUGCGCAAACAAGUGUGUCUUCUGCUGGAGACACCACACCAACCCUGUGGGCACCGAGUGGCGCUGGAAAAUGGACCCCGCAGAAAAGAUCCUGCAGGACGCUCUGGACAAGCACCAGGACAUGAUCCGACAGUUCAGAGGCGUCCCUGGAGUGAAGCCUGAGCGCUAUGAAGAAGGUUUGGCAGUCAAGCACUGCGCGCUGUCGCUGGUGGGAGAGCCAAUCAUGUAUCCGGAAAUCAACGCCUUCAUCCGGCUCCUCCACAGCCGUCGCAUCUCCAGUUUCCUGGUCACUAAUGCGCAGUUUCCAGAGGAAAUAAGGAGCCUGGAACCCGUCACUCAGCUGUACGUCAGCGUUGACGCUAGCACCAAAGACAGCCUGAAGAAGAUCGACCGGCCGCUCUUCAAAGACUUCUGGCCUCGCUUCCUGGACAGCCUGAAGGCCCUGGGGGAGAAGAGGCAGAGGACGGUGUACCGCCUGACACUGGUGAAGGCCUGGAACGUGGAGGAGAUGCAGGCGUACGCCGAGCUCAUUGCUCUGGGGCAGCCUGACUUCAUAGAGGUGAAGGGCGUGACGUACUGCGGGGAAAGCUCCGCCAGUACUCUGACCAUGGCAAACGUCCCCUGGCACCAGGAGGUGGUCGCCUUCGUCCAGCAGCUGGCCGCCAUGCUGCCCGAGUAUGAGGUCGCCUGCGAGCACGAGCACUCAAACUGCUUACUCAUCGCUCACGAAAAGUUUAAGCUGGACGGGGAUUGGUGGACCUGGAUCGACUACGAGCGUUUCCAGGACCUGGUCCAGGCUCAGCAGGACAGCGGGGGCCGGCAGACGUUCUCAGCCCUGGACUACAUGGCCAAAACCCCCAGCUGGGCUCUGUUUGGAGCGCGUGAACAAGGGUUUGACCCCGCCGACACGCGAUUCCAGAGACGCAACAAAACCAAAGACAUCUCUGGGUGCUGACGAGGCAAAAGCGUUGAAACUGUGACAUCCGUUUUGGUUUUUAUGGUUUCUUUUUUUCGUGUUGUGCUCGUUUUUUGGGGCUUUUUGAUUUAGCCGAGAUCUCGAACAGAACAGUCGAGAAAGUGGAGCUCUGGAAGUCCAUCUCUGCAUGUGUCCUGAGGUCGAUUUGUUUCAAUAAAAGGAUUUCUGUCUCUUGGUUUCUAAAAAA